UCCGGGUUUUCCGUUGAUCCGCUGUGGCGCGGUAGUAAAACAAAAGACAGUCGGCCAUAGCUGAACCGUCAUUAGAGUGGAUAUUAUUUUGUUGGAGUUUACUGUUUUCUCGUCGCAUGAGCUCGAUUUUUCAGUAUUAUCUGUAUUAUUCAGAAGACCGUACUUUGGACCGACAUGACAUGAAAGGAACCUGAUACUGGACAGGUUGAUGUUUACGGCGCAAGCGUCCCAUUGUUGCGGGAACCGCAGAGCCUCCGUGUGGGGCUAGAGGACCAUGUUCCGUCCUGGGGGAGAGAGAGACUUCCAGACGUCGGCUCGGAGGAUGGGAACGUCCCUGCUCUUCCAGCUGUCGGUUCACGAGCGAGAGCUGGACCUCGUGUUUCUUGACCACAGCUAUGCCAAACCCUGGAACGCCCACCCGGAUGCCAGCAGCGCGCGGCCUACCCGUAUGCUUUUCGUCACCCCACGGCGGCAGCAGGAGCCCUCAGUUGAUUCGGACAUUUCCAUUGACGUAGAGACGGUCACACCCACGCCAAUGCCUCUCUAUGACAAUCAGAAGGCCCGGAGUGUGAUGAAUGAGUGUGAACGUCACGUUCUGUUUGCCCGAACCAUCGCUGAUGGACCACCUCCUCCUGAUGAUUGGGAAGAACACAUCAACAAGGCUGGCUGGUCAUUGGCUCAGAACAAGCUCUUCAAUAAAGUACUGAAAGCACUGCAGGCAGAAAGACUCAGUAGGCUGGCCAAUGAGGGUGGCUGUAAUGAACCUGUCUUACGCAGGAUAGCUGUGGAUAAAUGUGCUCGUAAAGUCCGCCAUGCUCUGGCCAGCAUCAACUGGGACAUAAAGCUGACACAGUGGCUUCAUAGCACACUUGUGGAGUCUUUGAGUCUCGCUAUGCUGGCGGCUUACCUUGAUGUACUGCAGACACUCAAAAGCAAGGUACCAUCCCUAAUUGACAGGAUGUUGCUGUCAUCCUCCGUAAAAACAGGAGCGGCAGGAGCUGAGGCUCUUUCUCUGCUCCUUAAGCGGCCAUGGGACCCUGCUGUGGGUGUACUGUCGCACAACAAACCAAGUAAACUUCCUGGAUCCCCUCUGAUCCUGAUAGCUCCAUCAGGACCAACAAACCCUGCCUUCUCUACCUCUCGACGAAUGAGAUUCUGGCAAUCUCAGCUCUCCUGUCUAGGGAAGGUCAUUCCCAUUAAUGUUCAUGUGGGCAGUGGGGCCAACAUCGGAAUCACGCAGUGUUUAGAGCACAUGAUCGGCACAGUCAGGGGAAAAGUUAUUGAGGUUCACAGUCAUUUUCCUCACAAGCCGAUCAUCUUAGUGGGCUGGAAUGUGGGGUCACUGAUCUCUUGUCAUGUGUCCCUUAUGGAGUAUGUGACGGCUGUUGUGUGUUUGGGUUUCCCUCUUCAAACUGUGAGUGGGCCACGAGGGGAUGUUGAUGAUCCGUUGUUGGACAUGAAGACUCCAGUGCUGUUUGUGGUGGGUCAGAACGCUCUUCAGUGCAGUCCUGAGAACAUGGAGGAGUUCAGGGAGAAGAUUCAAGCUGAUAACAGCAUGGUAGUUGUUGGAGGGUCAGACGACAACCUGAGGAUCUGCUCCACUAAGAUGAAGACAGAAGGCCUGACGCAGACCAUGGUGGAUCGGUGCAUUCAAGAUGAGAUAGUUGAUUUUCUGACAGGAGUUUUGACCCGUACUGAGAGCCAUGGCCACGGCUCUGGUGAAACUCGAGAUUUGGAUGCAGAGAAGAAGAAGAAACCACGUCGUGAGCUGCCCUUUGACCUUGAGAGGUCACGACCCUCUUCACCUGCUGUGAGGGUACCAAUCUCCCCAUCUGGGUCUGAGGAUAUGUCCAGUGUCUGCAGCAGUCCUACAGCCAGUCCCAAACCCAAGACGGUUGGACUUUCUCCAGCUCAGAAAUCCAGUCUCAUUACUGCCACACAGCUGCUGAAGACCCACAUGCAGCGCUCAGGAACUGUGCUCACACACAAACAAGCGCAAGCUCAGUUUGCUGCUUUUAUGAAACAUAAUAUGCUGGUGAGGAAAAGCAUUCCUCCUGGCAGCCCUUCAUGUCUCUUUGUGCCGGUGCCCAGCGAGCAGGUGGAGGGUUUGGACCGAGACGACAUGAGGCUCCACCUUAAGAGAAGACAAACGCCUAGCCCCACUCCCACCAAAGCUUCCAAAAGAGCCAAGAUCAAAGUCACCAUCGUCUCCCAUGGAGACGCAGCUGGAAACACUGCUGGAUCCACUUCUCAGGAAGUGGGUUUGUCAGGAAAACCCCUCGGACUGACAGUGGGCCAGACGGUAUCGGGGGCCAAAGAGCUGUCUGAGCUUCUCAGUGCACAAAGGUCAGGUGGUUUGGCAGACAUGUCUGGAGCUUUGGGUUCCAGUGACGGGCCGUUUCACAGCCUGCAGGGGAGUGUAAUGCCCGGUUCUUCCUCUCCUGUCCAGGCUCAGGCCCCCACCACUGCACAAGCUCCCUCCGCCAGUAGUCUGCUGCAGGGCCUCAGCCUCAGUCUCCAGGAGAUCAACACUAAAUCACCAGGCGUCCCCUCAACCACACAGGUGUCCGGCGGGAAGCCCCAGUGUCAGAGUCAGGUGUUGAGCUCGCUCAGCCCGGCCGGCGGCACACUUGUGCGGGCAGUGCCGGUCGUGACGACUGGCUCCGGGAUGUCCAAAACCACAGCCAUCCACCAGCUCCUCGCCAACGGCGGCCUGGCCAAACUAGCCAGUAGUCUGCCAGGACUGGCUCAGGUCUCCAGUCAGAGCACGGGACUCAAGGCUCCCACCACUAUCACGGUGACGUUGCGCGGGCAGCCCGGCAGAAUUCCCGCUCUUAGCCACACGGGGGCGCCAGCGCCCGCUCACAGCGCACCGGACAACCAGUGACCAGAAAAUCUGAAAUGGAUGAUAUGAAGCUGAAAUGGCCAUCAUUGAUGCAUCCAACGAACAUCCAAAGCACGAACAGAUGAAGAGGAAUCAAAUGAAGAAACCUGGUUUGAAGACUCAAAGACUGCUGAUUUGCCUUACAACAUGCAAGAGCGCCAUCUAUAGACACUUUCUUGCACAUGUGGACUGAAAACUUGACUUUACACUUAUUCAUGUGUCUGUUUUUUAAUCAUUUAUGUUAUGCUCUGGAUGUACAUCAUCAUGGCAAUUUUCCUUUAUUUUAUUUACUUACUUUUUAAAUUUACCCCUCAUUUCGAUACGUUUUUCCACACAGCAAUUCAAAAAUGAUUUAUUGGAAACACUGUUAUUAUUCUUAACAGUUUUUUUUUCCCACACUAUUUCGUAAAAAUGUUUUGCCAGUAUUGAAUUUCUGAUUCAUUUGAUUUUGGCAGAAAAGUUUGUUGUCAAAUGUUUUGCACAGAACCCCAGCAGAGCUUUUUUUUCCCCUCACAGCCAUAAAAAACCUGAGAGAAAUGCAUCAUCAAACUGUCAAAAUACUGAUAAUAAAUUCAAGACCUUUACAGGACAAGAGUUUUUUUAAUUGAUAUUUUUCUCCACAUUUUGAAUGUCCUCUGUCUUUUAGAUUAAUCAUGCACCAGUCUUUUCUCACGACAUCAGGAUAUAGCCUGUCCUUCAAGUAACCGUUAUGAUUAUGCCAACGGGGAUAAUAAUACAUCUGCCUGAUUAAGUCACAAUUGUUUUGAUUGCUGAUUGUUUUUAUUGCCCCUAAUGAGGGAAACUAGUGAAGGUUGACAAGCAUGAAACAGAAUGAUAGACACUGAUUAAUGCAGCAGUUUGUGUCCUCAAAACAUCAUGUGAGAUGAGAUGAUUGUGAAGCACUCAGACUGAUUAUAUGAGGGUGUUUGGGUGGUUCCUAGGGCAGAGGUUCUCAAAAUGUUUGAUGCCAUGGACCCAAAGCUAUUAUUGGUAUUAUUAUAAUCUGUAGACCUACACGACUCCCUUGUGUCCCAGUUUAAAACUUCAUUUGUAGGGUGUUGCUGCUCGUCCACCCCAUCGUCCCUGCAUUCAUGUCGUCCAUAUUCCCUGUUC